UCUGUGGUUAGUGGACCAGAUUCUGAACGAAGCGAAGCGUCGCAACGGCAACGGCACGAUGGGUUUGCAGGGUUUUGGGCGAGGUCCGUCGGUGGCGGGCUAUCCAACCACGGAAUGGUCACCGCAGACGAAGCUGAUUCAAGCGCCCGAAGGCGGCAUGCUCUUCCUUCCUUGCAACAACACCAACAACCUGGUUUCCCAUAACAGGAUUCCACCGGAGUUCAAAUACAAUGGAGACGAAUUCGGUGUCACGGAGAAUGAUGCCGGGAAAGUUGGAGUCCUGCUCAAUCGAAACCAUUCCUAUUGUAGCGGUGUAAACAUAAUCGGUAACGGGGAAAAAGUUCUGUCGCACAGGAUCAGUGCGGAGAACUACGAUGAGGCCAGCAGUGCGUUUACCAUAGCACUGCACAAUUUCACCCACGCUCACAGCGGUCUGUACGAGUGCCUACACUACAACGGCAGCCAGAAGGUGGUGACGCAGCGUUAUGGGGUCAGCGCCACCCUCUUUCGCCACACCGUCUUUCAGCCACCCAUGCAAAACGUCACGGUCCGCCUCGGCGACCCCGCGGAGAUGGUCUGCGAGGUGCGCUUUAAUUUCCUUCCCGGUUCCCUGGUCAACCGCAUCCUAUGGCGCAGUGAACACCACCUGCUGGCCGCCGAGUCUAUCCCAGAAGUUGCUGAUAAGGCCAGAUGGAGGCAUGGAUUCGGUGGGAGUUUUCAUUUCAGCGUGGAUAAAGUAGGUCGUUGCAGCUCCACGAUGAAGAUUGACACUGUGUCGCGGAAAGAUGCCGGGCGGUACGAGUGCUGGCUGCGAGUCGACGAUCCCCUCGAUGGAUGGUUCAUGCAGGAAGCCUAUCUGAUCGUUGUUUAAUCACAGCCUCCAUUUGGCUAGCUGUUCGGUGACUGUAUAUACUUAGAUCUCGUUUGCUCUGGAUGUGUAGCAGGUUUUGUUCCUAUGCAAUGGUCGAGUGUUUUUAUCGGGGAAGUGAUAUGCUCAACCAGAAUUGGGCGGAGCUGUAUUCAGAAAAUGUAAGUGGGAGAUGUCUCAGUGGUAACUUUUUCUCUCAUCAGAGGUAAAAAAAGGGGUGUUUAUUAUACGCAGCCUUGAA